CUCCAUCAGGACGCAGCGGCUCCGCCUCGGAUGCUGCUGCUGCUGCUCAUCUGAUUACCAGGAUACAAGAGCUGCGUAUCCUUAAAGCGAGACCCGUCUUUAAUUAACGAGACAACCGGAGAGAGAGGAGAGAGGAGGAGGAGGAGAGAGACGGAGGGGGAACAGCAUCCGGCAGCCGCCUCCAUCUUCUCCUCUGCCUUGAGGUUAUGGAACUAUAGCUGUCAUCUGAUCCUGCAGCACCCCCCCUCCCCUCCUCCAUCCCCCCAUCCCCGGACCACACGCGCACUGUCCGUGCGUCACGCUCGUUCCUCCUGCGUCUUUUCCUCCGCUGGCCGCGUCGCGACGCCGGGUCGACUCGCUGGCACCCAGAUUUGGUGACUCGGCUCUUCCUUCACGUCUCCACGGCCUCUGUUCAAAGACGUGAGAGCAUCCGCGUCCUUCUUUUUCCGCCCGUCCGGCCUUUUUCCGCAUUUCUGCGCUGUGCCGCGGACGCGGUGCCGCGGACGCGUUGCCGCCGCCGCCGCUGCAGCGUUAGCAGCGUACAGGUCAGUCGAUGAGACGCGGCGCGAGAUAACGCGACGUGCCCGCGGCACCGCAUCUGCGUUAUUUCACCUCCUCCUCCCCUUGCACGGACUCGGAACUCUGCGUAACGCGCGCGUCAUCUCCGCCCUCGCUUUGAGCGCGGAUGCGGUGUGUGCCAGGCCGCUCGCUGUCUCCUCGUCCCGGCGGCAGGGCGGUCACUGAGUGAUCCUCUGGGCUGGUGUGGAGAGGAAGGUGAGUGUGGAGGAGGGGGUCUGCGUCCCGCAGAGAGGGAGCGCGGCAGGAUGGUGCGGAUCGCCAGCGCGUUGGGGCUCGUCAUGUUCAGCGUGGCGCUGCUCAUCCUGUCGCUCAUCAGCUACGUGUCCAUCAAGAAGGACUUCCUGCUCAGCACCCCCAGAUACGGACCCAACGGAGGACCCAGGAUGUACAUGUUCCAUGCGGGGUUUCGCGAGAGGCCGCCUCGCAAACCAGACCUGAGCUCCCAGCUGGCGAUGAAGUAUCUGGAUCCAGCUUUCACUCCUCUGACCAACGCUCUCAGUGAGGACCUGCAGAAUUCCUCUAAAUGGAGGUACAACAGCAGUGCUUUUACAGAGCAGAGGAAUGAGAUCUCUCAGUACAUCAACAUCCCCCACAACUUCACGCUGACACGAGACUCGGUCCGGGUCGGACAGCUGAUGCAUUACGACUACUCCAGCCACAAGUAUGUCUUCUCCAUCGGCGAGAACUUCCGCUCGCUCCUCCCGGAGGUCUCGCCGAUCAUCAACAAACAUUACAACGUCUGUGCCGUGGUCGGCAACAGCGGCAUCCUAACGGGCUCGCGCUGCGGACCCCAGAUUGAGAAGUUCGACUUCGUCUUCCGCUGCAACUUUGCCCCGACCGAGCUCUUUAAGAAGGACGUCGGGCGGAGGACCAACAUGACCACCUUCAACCCCAGCAUCCUGGAGAAAUACUACAACAACUUACUGACUGUGCAGGACAGGAACAACUUCUUCCUGAGCCUGAAGAAGCUGGACAGCGCCAUCCUUUGGAUCCCGGCGUUUUUCUUCCACACGUCGGCCACGGUGACGAGGACGCUGGUCGACUUCUUCGUGGAGCAUCGAGGUCAGCUGAAGGUCCAGCUGGCCUGGCCUGGGAACAUCAUGCAGUACAUCAACAGCUACUGGAAAACCAAGCAGCUGUCGCCGAAGCGCCUGAGCACCGGCAUACUGAUGUACACGCUGGCAUCGUCCAUGUGCGACCAGAUUCACCUGUACGGCUUUUGGCCCUUCGGCUGGGACCCCAACACGGGUAAGGAGCUGCCGUACCACUACUACGACAAGAAGGGCACCAAGUUCACCACCAAGUGGCAGGAGUCCCACCAGCUGCCCGCCGAGUUCAAGCUCCUCUACAAGAUGCACAUGGAGGGGCUGCUGAAGCUCUCACUCUCCCACUGUGCCUAGGGCGGAAACCGACGCAAGGCACAGCGGUUCUUCGAACUCCACGUCGACACUUCCACAGGCCGGAGUUGACAAAGUGACGAGAAAGACAAAGGUGGGAUUCGUGGGAUUUCGUCAAAAUGCCAAAUCUUGGCAAAAAGGUUGAGUUAGUGAAACAAGUUCUUAAACUGUUUUCAACCCGAUGUCCUGCACCCAAGAUGAACCGUUUGUAUAAACCGCAACAACUCGAGAAACGAGGCAUAUUUUUUUUCUACUGCUCGAGAAGCUGAAGUCGAACUGGACUGCAGUUGUUUUGUUGUUGUUUUAUUGGGAAAAACUGGCUACAAGCUGCACAUCUCGGCAGCAUUGUUGUUCUGCAGAAUAUCGCUGGCUCAUGUUACUUAAUGGUGUUUUUAUCACUCAUCUCUCUUGGCUCUUCAGCUACAAAUCAGCACAUCGACCGUUUAAAACACCAGGGCUGUAUUCAGACUGACGUUAGCGCCGCAUUAAGCAAAGGAAGAGAUCCCUGCGUUCACUCUCAUGACACCACUGUACUGAUGCAGUUUCAGGUGUUUGCCAACAGUUGAUUGAAACAUCAUCAGGCACCAUGUUGGACAUGCAAGUGCACAUUCCCGCAGUCAUAGAGAAAAUUGAUGAUUCUGUGAUGGUUUUCCAGAUGAUGUAACAUCUUUGUCUGGUAUUAUUAUAAACCCUUGAGCAGUGUUUUGAUGUAUGAAAAGCCUUCAGGUCUUUUAUUAAACUGGAUCAUGUUUCAUUGUUUCACCAACAUCCAAUGAGGCGACAUCCCCAUCACCUCUGCAUUUGCUUUUUAAGGCCACGUCCUUUCAGUCAGAAGAAAUUUUGUGUGGUUGUAAGCAAAGGACAGUUUCCCAAAUCUUUCCUGAAUGUGGACCAGACUUCCGAAAUGACAACAAAACAACGUAAUCAUAGGCAGAGGUUCUUGCCUUGGCUCAUUCAAGGGACAUGUCAGAGUACACCUCAAUUCUCAAGGUUACAGGGAAGGAGGUUCCAGUAAUGGAUAGUGUAGUGUUCCUGUCCCUGUGUUCUCCUCCUAAGGGUCAGUGACACGGUAGGCCAUUAUCACAAAGGAGGGCACAAAUAUCUGUUUCUGUCAAAUACGUUUUCUUUCUUGGGACGACAGAUGAGCUGCAUUGGUUGUCUUCCGUGCCACAAGGGAUAAAAAUAGCAACUGUUGUGAUCUGGGCCGGGCCUUCGCUGAGCCGAUCACCCAUGUCCAAAAGAAACAGGGAAGGACCCAAAUGCAGACUUGUUAUGGAACCUGGUAGUGUCAUAACACACAACUGUAAAGACUUAAUAAUCAGACAGGCUGUGUGUACUCAAGACAUCUGUAACAGCUGGAGAUGGACAUUGAAAUUCAACACCAUAGGCAUCAAUGGUCACUGUCUGCUUGUCACGACAAAGGUACCACGACAGCUCCAUCGUUUAGUUUUUUUUUUAGGUGACAGCCCUAUUUUGUAAGGAUUGCUAAUGUUAGCUGGGUGGUCAUGUCGCAAACACUAUGCACUGUAUUCAUCUGGAAGAUUCCCUUUCUGCCAGUUUGCUGCCAUUCUGUCCUCAAUCACAUGAUGAUUAUUUUACCCCUUCAUUUUUUAGCUUUUUAAAAAAAAAGUCAGGGUUAGAAAAUAGGUGUUGUACGAAUGAUAGAAUAGCCUUAUGAACAGAUAUGCUGGGAGGACGGUGAAGGUGAUCAAUUAGCUCUGAUAAUAACUUGUAGAAAUCCAAAAAUUGGUCUCAACUUGACACUCAUGCAGAACAACGGUAAAAACUAGAAUGACACACGAUAGACCCUUUAUAUUCAAUCUUAUCACAACAAAUUGCACAAACUCACAUAUCAGUCCCCUAAAUAUUUUAUUUUCAUCAAGAUCCAUGAAUUAUUCCCUGGGAAAGCAGACAGGAAAUUAGAGAAAACGUCCCAUCGUUCCAUGGUUACAAAAAGUGAUAAAAUUAUUCCCGGAUCUGCCCCAAAUUGAAUGGAUACUUUCUUGGCCCAAUGUUCCAUCCUCCCACCAAGUUUCAUGCAAAUCCAUGGAGUAGUUGUCAUGUAAUUCCUGCUGACGAACCAACAAACCAACCAACAAACCUACAGACAGGGGUUAAAAUAUAACCUUAGCGGAGGUAAUUAUGAUCCUCAGUGUUCUGGAUAUUUGGAUCAAUAUUAUUGCUUGAAUAUUGGGAAAAAAUAGUUUAGCUCUGUUUCAUUUUAGCAUAGAUUAUGCAUGUAAAUUCUGUUUCAUUUUGUAAAUGUGAUUAUGAAAAGAUAAUCAACUACAAGGGCAGAUUGUUGCAGCUGGAUUAUGACUUUACAAGGUGAAAGGAGGUAAACUUUGGUCCGAAAUGCUCAAACGUUGGAUUUGUUCCACCUCCAUCCGUUUCCUGAUCCAUGAAUUAUUCCAUCAGCUGUCAGCCUACCGCCAAACCCUUACUUUCCACAAUGCUUCAUAAAAGACAUACCACUUCCUGCACCGACACUAAACGCUGGCUUUGGGCGAAAACUAUUAUUUAACAGUUUUGUUCAAUAUGAGCAUAAUUCAAAUCUUCCACAUUGUAAAUUUUAUGUGAAAACAACAUUUUGAAUAUCCUAUAGCAGUGCUGCGAUUUAAAUUUCUGUCAAACAACGACACUUAUUGGAUUAAACUAAAUUUGCAUUAAACUAUUUUGGGUCAUGGGUUUUUUUGUCAGGUUUUCUUUCAUUUUAAUGGAAUACCCACCCACACUCCAAACAUUUCGUGACAAGAAUUUUGGCCUCCUUGGCCUCCCAUAGGCUGUGUGCGUUUGUAUACUCAGGUUUUUCGUGAAUGGGUACAGUUUUACAAAAUAACAUGUAUUGUUGCUUCCGUGUGUGUUUUUUGUGGUUUGUUCAUGUUAAUGUCUUGCGGUUUCAUCUAGUCAUUUGUCAUUUAUUAAUAGAUUAUUGAUCUGAUUCGAAACUCUCGGUGAUGUUCGCUUCCCUGCAGUUUUUCAUAUUUUGGCUGUGGGAGAAUUUCCAUCGUAUUCUGAAAUAUCCAGAUUGUUUCACACAUUGUGUUUGCAACUGUAUAUGUGUGUUUAUUAUUAUUAUUAUUAUUGUUACUGUUGUUUUUUAUUAAGGGGGUCAGGGAUCAGGUGCGUCGUCAGGCAGAGGUUCAUUGUGUUGUUUAACAGGAACAGGAGGGAUUACAGGUUACAGUUAGAUGGUCACGUUGAGGCAAAUGUGAUUUCUUGUCAUAUCAAAUGUGAAUUCUCAUUUUCGACGUGUUUUCUUCUUAAAGGUGGUGACUCGUCUUUUCUUCGUGUUUUUUUCAUGUAUUUUCAUAUUUGCUGCAGUUUGUCGUUGAGACAAACGGAAAAUGUAGAAACUGGAAUUAUUUUUGUAAUCUGCAGCUGAAUUUCAGCAGUUUUCUCACCUCAAGCUUGUUUUUUUUAUUUGUAGUUUCCUUCGAGUUUUAUUCUGAAAUAAGAUUUCUGUGACUUGAAACGUGAUAAUUUCAGGACUCUGGUGAAAAAAGAUUGUCGGCACGACGGUUAAAUUCCCUAUUUAACAAGAAAAAUACGGUUAUUCUAUGACCUGAGCACAUUCAAACAUGUCACCUUUCAUUUUUUGUAAUAUAAAACGUCAUGACGCAUCAGGCAACGUUUUUCAAGAAUGUAUUCCUCUUCAUUUUGAAUGAAACUCAGAUAUUAACGUGCCUGAUUCCAUUCAUAUUGAUAUGUCUUUAGACAAGAGUAACAUAUACUGAAACCACGUUAAGAUAUCAUACACAAUACACUGUAGAUUAAAUAUGUUUUAAUCAUCCGAUACUUGAAAUAAAAAUAUAUCUACUCUGUAUUUAUUUCAUCGAGUUAUUAAAAUGAAUGAAAUUAUCAA